GGAGUAGAUUCUGAAGAAUCUCAACUGCUGGUGUUUCAUACUCAUGUGACAUAUAGGCAGGGGCGGACCCACGUUGAAAGUGGUGGGGUCAGCUGACACCACAAAAAAAAUUCCUUAUUAAUAGCAUGAAUAAAAUAAAUUGAACCUACAAACUUUUGAUUCUCUAAACCCACAAAAAAAUGUUUGGACCCACAGGCUAAAGCCCAACAUAUUUGGCGAUGGAUCUAACAAUUAGAAAAAUAAAUUUUAAAAAAUUUUGUUUCCUAAACCCUUUUAACAUAUUUAACCUAUUUUUUUCUCUGUUUCUAGAAUAGAUUUUUUAUUGUGUUUUCAACUUCCUUCUCUUCUCUUCUCCAAAUCCAUAGUGCAUUCUAUGUAAACUCAGAUUUUACAAUUAAGCUUUUAUAUUAUUGUCUUCUACUAACGUUAAUCAAUUACUAGGUGAUAACCCGCGCCCUACGUGGGGGUGAGUAGAUUUAAAAAUAUUAUCUUUCAAUUUGUAGACAUAAUAAAGGUUAAAGUCAUAGUAAGAAAAAUAUAUGUAAGAAAAUACGGGUUAUAGCUAAGAAUUUUAGUAUGUCAAUAUAAAUUUAUAUGUGAUCGACUUUAAAAUUAAAUUGUAUAUUUGUUUGCAUAAAGGUAAAUUAUAAAUAUAAGAUUAAAUGAAACAUAAGCAAUAGUUUAAUAAAAUAUGAAAGGAACAAUGUAUCAGAAAACAAAAGAAAAUAAAAAAAAUAGAGACAAAAUAACUGUUGUCAAUAAUGUCUUUAGAAGUCUUCGUUUGCAAUCCUAUUAUGAGCAAUAAAAAGAGAUCAUCUUGCGAAAUUAAACAUAUUAUUUUAAAAAAUCUUCCCUUAGUUUUUUGUGUUUGCUAGAAAUAUAAUGCUAAAGGAGUUUAGAGAAGGAGGAAAUGGAGAGGAGAUGUAAACGAACACGUCUACUAUUUAUAUAUGAACGGAGCCUAGGUCUUUCCUCACCACGCCAAAGUUAAUACUGUAUAUACUACUUGCCUUGUUGUACAAAAUUGUGAAAUGUUUGGAUGUCAAAUAGAUAACAAAAUGAAGUUCUAGUCCCGCAAAUUUAAUUUCAAAAAUAUUCUCCGGUCGAUUAAGGUAAGUGUAAAUCAAAGAUGGACAAUUUGAAAUUCGUAAUAACUUUGAAACUAGAGUUGAACCCGCGCGUCCGCGCGGAAAUUCAUUUUUUCUUUUGAUUCCAUUUUUAUUAUUUUUGGUAAAAUAUGUUUUGGUAUAGUAUUGAUAGGGCAAGCUAAGUUACUGAUUCAUCUGUUGUUGCUGUACAUUACAAACGUCUACAGUUAGAACCAUUUCAAGCGACACUUCCUCACAGGAGGUGUUUUGUUUCCACGUAUGUAAGCAUUUAACUUGAACUCACCAUGAUGUUUUAAAAAGUUUGAGAUUUUUGAGAAAAGUAAAAAUUGUUUUCUUAGACAUGUUUAGUUUGUUUUGUGAAUAAAAAUGCGCUUAAACAUAACAUGAAUGAGAUUAUAUAUUUUUUUGUUUCAAGUGUGUAGGUUAAAUAAAAAAUCUUAACUAAAUCAUGAUUUGAACGUAUUGAAAACAGAAUAUACGUUUUUGAUAUUUUUUAAUAUCCAGUCCUUAAAGGUUUAUCAUUUUUUGUUAGCUAAUAUAGGAAAUUUUGAUUUACUAACAAAAUAUAAUAGCAUCCAAUAAGAAUGUAGUUAAAAAGGUAUAUUCGUAUAUUUAGUUAAGUAAAACUUGAUUCACACGUUUCGAAAACAUAAUAUGCAGAUAUUUACGUGGUAAGAUUAAUAUGGUUUUAGUAGAUGUGGUUGUUUAAAAAUAGGGAAGGUAUUUGGAAUGUAAUUGAUUUUAGUAAAAUACGAAAUUAUUAGUUUGUUUCUGUGCAUCGAAAAUAUAUGUAGAUUCUAACUAACCAAAUAAAGUAUUUUAAGUAUAUUUUAUAUUUUAUACAAACCUACUGUUUGAUUCGGAAUUUUUUUGACGAAACCAGAAACAAACCCGACAAUCUAAUCACUGUUUAUUUUAUGUUAUAGGUUUUAUUCAAUUGGUGUAUAAUAGUAGUCAAUCGAAUUAUGAUAGAUUGGUAUUGAUACAGCAUAGAAAACUAAACCGAGGUAUAGUUGGUUAUGAAACACGUUAAUUUCGGGUGAGUAUGUAAAUUUAGUUAAGCUGGUUUAGUAAUAUUGUAAAAUGAUGCUGCUAAAAGGCAGUGGCAGAUUUUGUAAUAUUGAACAUGAAAGAAUGGUUAAUUACCAGUUGAAACACGUUUGUUUUUAUUUCUGCAGACUAAAUUAAACCAAGGCAAUAUUGGAUAACAAACCACGUUAUUUUAGGUGCACUCGGUUUUGAAAAAUUUAUUAUGCAGGGUUAGUAAGUUAAAACGGUUGUGUUUUAAGGAAGUGGCAUAGAAGGGUAAUUAUUCAGGAAAACUCAGGGUCAAAUCUUAUUUGUACUCCUGUUUUAAUAGUUUAGAUGGUAUAAUUUGAUUCAAAUAACAUCUAUGGUACUUAAGUUAAAUCCGUGAUAUAGAAAUUUUUUUUUUUAAUUCAACUUUUUCCUUGAAUACGCUAACAUUCUAAACUUUUUUUGUAUAAUAUAUUCGAUCCCGUGAUCAAGUCAAUUUGAAAUAACCUUUAAAAUUUGAAGCAUUAAUUUUUGGGAAUAAUCCAUUAAUUGUGUUGCUUUGAAUAUAAAAGAUCAUAAAACGAUUUGGCAUAUUAUACUUUGACUAAAUUAAAUCUAAGAAAUGGUCAUGGUACUUUCAUAUGGUCAUGGCAUAUUACCUCUUCGUACCAUGACUAAUUAGCAUUACAAUUGAAGUGAUAAUUAUGGAAACAGAACAAUUAUGGUUAACAUGCAAUGGAGGAGAUUUGAAGCUCAUAUUAGAUUUUCAAAACAUUAUGAUAAACAUGGUUAACUUGUUGGAGGAUGAGAUAUGAACUGCAAUCAUGGUUAUGAUAUUUUCUUACAAAUGGGCGUAUCAAGCUUAAAGAACCAAUUCGAAGUGCAAAGAACUUAAUAUAAAGAAGUUUAAUAGAUUAAAGAACCAAUCGUUUACUUAAGCUUAAAGAAUUAUCACCACACAUAUACUUGGAUAUAUUGUCAAGGUUCUUCACCGAGGAACAUAAUUAUAACAAUAAAGACUCUCUUUGAAUGGUAAUAAAAUGUUUCCUUAUUUAAAGAUCCGAUUUUUUUAAAGAUCCAAAUGUAAUGUUGUGAAGAUAAUUUUGCUCGAAAAUCUUAUAAUAUAAUGUAAUGACCAGUGACAUUUGUUUGUAAUUAGUCUAGUUGAGGAAGGGCUUUUAAAAAAAUGAGGUGAGAGAGCUUGUGGUGAUGACACCUAGGAAACGACACACAUGUAAUAAACACAUGAAGCCAAUGUUAUUUUUUAUCAAUGCUCCUCAAAUAAUAAAAAAGGGAUAUAUGUACGUUACAACAAUUUAGUUUUACGUAAUUGUUAAUUUUUUAACAAACUCAAUUGAACUUUUUUUUGUUCUUAGUCUACAGAUGAGAAAUUGUCGCUUUUGUUUUGUUUCUAUGUAUAUUAUAUCUUUUUAAUAAUAUAUUUUAUAUUUUUUCAGCAGAAUCAAUGGAAAACUUUGUGAAUUUAAAAAAGAAAAGAGCCAUCCUCGUCUUGUGAUUUAGAUGAUUUACCAUGGGAUCCUGCUGAUCGGAAAAAAUAUCUGAAUACCCUUCAAAUCAAAGAGAUGGGGUAAUUCGUAGAUAUUUGAUUAGAGGUCCUUGCCAACCUCAUGGUCAUAUCUUUAAACAGAAAAUGAUAUCAGGUGCAAUGAGACGAUUUAAUCAUGCUUGGUUUGAUCAGUAUAAGAACUGGUUAGAGUAUAGUAUUAAGAAAGACGCUGCGUAUUGCCUAUGUUGUUACUUGUUUAGAGAUAGUAAUGGAAAAGGUGGAAAAACUGAUGCAUUGAGUAACGAAGGUUUUUCUAACUGGAAUAAGUUUAGUAGGCUUGCAGAGCAUGUGGGACAAGUUAAUAGCUUUCAUAAUAAUGCAGUUAUGAAAUGUGAAAACUUGAUGAGACAAGGUCAGUCUAUUAAGCAUACUUUGCAUAAGCAGGAUGAUAUUACCAAGAAUGAGUGUCGAAUUCGGUUAAAUGCUUCAAUUGAUGUUUCCAAAUGUUUGUUGCGACAAGGUCUUCCUUUUCGUGGUCAUGAUGAGUCAGAAACAUCUGCUGAUAAAGGAAAUUUUAUGGAGCUUCGGAAAUACACUGCUGAGCAAAAUGAAGCUGUGAGUAAGGUUGUCUUACAAAAUGCUCCAGGAAAUAAUCAGAUGGUGUCUUCGAAGAUUCAAAAAUAUAUUGCGCAUUGCUUUGCAGAAGUAAUCAAAUCUAUUAUUGAAGAAAUUGAUCAUGACGUUUUUUGUUUGCUGGUUGAUGAAUCUGCUGACGUUUCCGAUAAAGAACAAAUGGCAGUAGUAGUUUGGUUUGUUGAUAAAAGUGGGAAUGUCAAAGAAAGAUUCAUUAGCAUUAUACAUGUGGCUGAGACAUCUUCAGCAUAUCUGAAAUCUGCUAUUGAUUCUUUGUUUGCUAAGCUUGGGUUGAGCAUAAAAAUGUUGAGAGGACAAGGUUACGAUAGCGCAAGUAAUAUGAAAUGUGAAUACAAUGGACUAAGGUCACCGAUUUUACGGGAAAACACCUCAGCUUAUUGUGUCCAUUGUUUUGCUCAUCAACUUCAAUUGGUUGUUGUGGCUGUUGCAAAAAAACAUUUUGAGGUUGGAGGAUUCUUUGAUAUGAUUUCUCUAUUGUUGAAUGUGGUUGGAGCUUCAUGUAAGAGAAAGUAUAAGAUUAAAGAAGAUCAUAGAAAAAUGAUUGAGGAAGAUAUUCUUGAUGGUAAAAUCAACACAUGAAAAGUGUUGAAUCAAGAGGUUGCUAUUCAGAGACCAGGGCAGACACGUUGGGGUUCUCACUACAGAACUUUGUUGCGUUUGAUUGAGUUAUUUUCUCCCAUCAUCAAUGUGCUUAAACAUAUUCAGAAUGAGAGCUUGGAAGACUCGAAAAGGCGACAAGCAUAUGGUCUUCUUGUAUACUUCCAGGAUUUUGAUUUUGUGUUUUAUUUGCAAAUGAUGGUUCACCUUUUAGGACUUACAGAUAGCUUAUCCAAAGCUUUGCAACAAAGGGAUCAAGACAUUUUGAAUGCUAUGUCACUGGUGAAGUUAACAAUGAGAUAACUCCAAGAUUUCAGAGAUAAUGGGUGGCAUUCUUUGAUGGAUAAGGUCCUUUCUUUUUGUGAGAAGUAUGAAAUUGAGAAGGUUGAUAUGGAAGAUGAAUUUAUUCACCCAAAGAGACCAAGGAAAAAAACAGGAAUACAAAACAUGCAUCACUACAAGGUCAAUUGGUUAUAUGCUGUUUUGGAUUUGCAACUUCAAGAAUUUAAUGAUCGCUUUACUGAGGUAAACACCGAGUUGCUUACAUGUGUUGCUUCUUUAUCUCCUAUUGGUUCAUUUUCUGAGUUUGACCAAUCGAAGUUGAUGAAAUUAGCCAAAUUAUAUCCAUUGCUUUCGAUCCCGUAAUACCUUGCUUUCCCAUUUUUGAUGUAUCCCAAAGAUCCUGAUCGUCCACCAUUGACUCCGGGAGAUUCCGAUCUGCCAUCGGAACCCUGGAGCCAGCUCUGGUAGAGAGCCUCAGUGCAUAUGUCGUACGAAACCCCAAAUCGGCUCAGAAUCGUCAAAAUCGCAUGCUUACCAAAACGGUGCAAAUGUCAUAGUGUAGCUUUUAUGCUAUUUACGUUUGCAUGAGAGAUAUCUAUGAGACUAUUUCUUAAUGUUUCAAGGGUUUAGAGAUUUGAAUUGGUUUUUCAUUAUGCAAUAUUAGUAAGAGCUCUGACCCCUAAUUUUAAGCCUUCACUGUGUCUUUUUUUUUGUUGCUUAAAUGUGACUACGAAUCUAGGCUUUACUGAUACGUUUCAUGUUUGAUAAUGUUAUGUGUUCAGUUUUAAUUGAUGUUAUGGUUAGACAACAUUUUUACUAGCAACUCAAAUGUUUCACACCAAAACCAUUAGAAUGUUUGAGGAUCUUGAGGAUAUUGAUUAUAUAUUGUCUCUGAUUAAAAAAAGUAUUGAAACGGGAGUGAACCUGAUGAGGAUUGAGAUGGAUAUGUUUGAACUUGAAAUUGGCUAUUUGUCAUGACUCAUGAUGUAUAUGAAGAUGAUG